GAGGCCUGGUGAUAAAUAAAGAAAGGCCCAAGAGGCCUCUGUACUUUUGCAUGGAGGCCCUCAGAAGUUAGUUACACUAUUGAUUUUACUUAGUGGGGCAUAGAUGAGGUCGGUGGAGGCGAAGCAGGUGAUUAAAACACGUCGUAUUAUCGUCUCUCUCGGGAGAAGAGUGAAGCGCAUCUGGGUGGUGACCAAAGCAUAUAGCAUAUAUGUUAUAUAAAGUGUUGCGUAGGAGGAGGAAUGAUUAAGUUCCAAACUUCAAAAACAAAUAAAAAGGAAAGAAAAAAACUUAUUUCUUCGACUCAACGAUUCCUUUUGAUCAUUUCUCGUCUGCCUGCAGAUCCGACGAUCUCACUUUCUCAUGUUGAUUCUGGAACUUUCCUACUAGCUAACGUCACGUCACGUCACUGGGGGAUGGAUUCUGUUAGACGCACGUACACGAUGAUGCGAGGUCGUCACAUUGAGAAACGUGUUCCUUCCAGAGAGUUACUCUCUGUUCUCGAUAAAGCUGAAACUGCAGCAGUGACUGGGACGGGAAAAGAUAUCGGGAAUCCUUCAUGGAAGCGAUCUCUGCCUCACGUAUUCGUUGCAUCUCUCACCUCCCUUUUAUUCGGCUAUCACCUUGGGGUUGUUAAUGAAACUCUCGAAAGCAUUUCAAUUGACCUUGGCUUUAGUGGCAACACCAUCGCCGAAGGUCUUGUUGUUAGUACGUGCUUAGGCGGCGCCUUUAUUGGAUCUCUGUUCAGUGGGUUGGUUGCGGAUGGUGUUGGCCGCCGUAGAGCUUUCCAGUUGAGCGCUUUGCCAAUGAUUAUUGGAGCUUCAGUGAGUGCAACAACUGAGAGUCUUGAGGGCAUGCUCCUGGGAAGGUUUUUUGUCGGAAUCGGGAUGGGCAUAGGUCCUUCUGUUACGGCUCUCUAUGUCACUGAGGUGUCACCUGCUUAUGUAAGAGGCACAUAUGGCAGCUCUACCCAAAUUGCGACUUGUCUUGGGCUCUUAGCUUCACUAUUUGCUGGAAUCCCAGCAAAAGACAACUUGGGCUGGUGGCGUAUAUGUUUUUGGAUAUCCACAGUCCCAGCUGUAGUCCUUGCUGUUUUCAUGCAACUCUGCGCCGAAAGUCCUCAGUGGCUUUUCAAGAGAGGAAGGGCAGCUGAAGCUGAAGUCGUGUUUGAGAAGUUACUGGGAGGGGCAUACGUCAAGGCUGCCAUGGCAGAGUUAGUGAAGUCAGAUAGGGGAGAUGAUGGCGAUUCGGCCAAAUUGUCGGAAUUGCUUUUUGGGCGCAGUUUUAGAGUGGUUUUCAUUGGAUCUACCCUUUUUGCUUUACAACAGUUGUCUGGGAUAAACGCUGUGUUCUAUUUCUCAUCAACUGUCUUCAAGAAAGCUGGUGUACCUUCAGCCUCGGCCAACAUUUGUGUGGGAGUAUGCAACCUCUUAGGUUCUACUGUAGCAGUGGUUUUAAUGGAUAAGCUGGGGAGAAAAGUAUUGCUUAUUGGGAGUUUUGCGGGCAUGGCAGUAUCUCUGGGUCUCCAAGCAUUAGCACAUACUUCAUAUUCAUCAACUUUUGGAACCUUGUUUCUCUCGGUCGGAGGAAUGCUACUGUUUGUGUUGUCGUUUGCAACUGGAGCUGGUCCUGUUCCAAGUAUUCUCCUGUCUGAGAUAUGCCCUGGUCGUCUUCGGGCAACAGCAUUGGCUGUUUGUCUUGCUGUUCACUGGGUAAUAAACUUCUUCGUGGGGCUGCUGUUUCUAAGAAUGCUGGAGCAACUAGGUUCGGUGCUUCUAAAUGCAAUCUUUGGCUUCUUCUGCGUGGUGGCAGUUAUCUUUGUGCAGAAGAACGUGAUUGAGACUAAAGGGAAGAGCCUCCAAGAGAUAGAAAUCAGUCUGCUCUCUGCCACCAGCCAGUGAUUUUUUCUUCACAUUGUUCUUCUGCCACUUUAUGGGGAGUAUAAUAUAAUAUGUAAGACUACUAAUAUGGAAGUAGGAACGAGUAGUAAGUAGGCACCACAAUGUAAGGAAAUGAAUUAUUCAAGUAUAGCCGACAUUCCAAUUUGAUUUCUAAUAA